AAUUAUUUUGUUUUCUGUUUUUUGUUUCUCUGCCUUUGAUCAUCUCAGGUUAUAAGUGUGAUUGUAAAUAAACUUUCAGUAAAAUGGGUUAAAGCAGAACCAUUAGUACUGACCUUUGACCUGCUGAGGGUUCUGGCCCGGUUAGAUCCAGCCCAUUAUUCUUGGUUCAAGUGGCCUGGUGUUUCUGGAUGUAGCAAACGGGAGAUGAAGGCUUUGUGGAGCUGCGAUAUUUCUAUAGAUCCCUGGAGGCGUUUUCCAUCUGAAUGAAUGAAUGUCUCGGUCUGACUCAUAUCUGCAGGUUAUUCUCUGAGUUGACCACUAGAGGGCAGCAGAUCCGUCAUGUCGGACCUUUAAAUAUCUCAGGUCACCAUGAACUGGAUCAGAGGAAAGAGUCUCAGUUCAGCAGAUCUGAGUUUCUGGAUGUUUUGGUGCUGAAGCCUUUAGUCGUCCCCUAAAGCAGAACCAGGUCUGACCCUUGACCUUCUGUCCCCUCAGAUACGGCGACAUGGUCCCAAAGACCAUCAUGGGGAAGAUCUUCGGCUCCAUCUGCUCCCUGAGCGGCGUGCUGGUCAUCGCCCUGCCCGUCCCCGUCAUUGUGUCCAAUUUCAGCCGCAUCUACCACCAGAGCCAGAGAGCCGAGAAGAGGCGAGCGCAAAAGGCAUCCAAAGAAGCAGGCCAAGCACUGGUGUGUAAGAUCAACCCCACCUUUGAGCUGCAACAUCACCACCUGCUCAACUGCCUGGAGAAAACCACGAACCACGAGUUUGUGGACGAAAAGUUGUUUGAGUGGAGCUGCAGGGACCUAAGUCCGGUAAAGCAGCUGUCUCCAUCUUCCUCCAUCUCCUCAUCCUCACCUCAUGGUUUCUCCUGCUGUGGCCGCAAGAUAAGGAAGACCUUCAACAUCCCCAACUCCAACAUGUGUCUGGGGCUGCAGGGCAGCGUCCAGGAGCUGAGCAACAUCCAGAUCAGGGAGCGGCCAAUCACCAACAGUCGAUCCAGUCUGAACGCCAAGUUUGAAGAGACGCUCCCUCUGAACUGUGAGCCGCCGUACCUUUCCCCGGCUGUCGCCAGCAUUUCCACACCUAACACCACUCCAGACGGAGACCGGUCCUCCGGUUCUCCCGAUCACUACCAGGCCAACAUCGUCCGGGUCUCUGCUCUCUAGAGUUCAGCCGGCCAAGGGGCUGACAGCAGGAGGACGUCCCAGAGAGGAACGUCUUCAACUGAAACACUAACACUGCUGUAAUUACGCUGGGUUCCAGGUCCAGCCACAUCUGCAGGAGUCUGGGGAAUCUUCAGCAGAAACACUGGAAACAAUCUAGUUAGGAACAAACCAACCGGAGCCUGCAGGCCUGUUGGUUCCACUGGUUCUACUAGGUCGGAGGCCAUAUUACUGAGCCACUCAGGGUUUCCAGUGAUUUUACUGGGAUAUCCCACUUUGGGUCAUGACCCAACGUUGACCUAAGGAACCCCAAAAUAACCAAACAUCUUCUUCUUGUUCAACACUGAAAACAUCUCCAGCCCUCUGCCCCGGGAACUACUUAUUCCAGUAGCUUUUGUUCUUAACCCAGUGUUUCUCAUUUCCGGUCCCCCCUGCCCUGCAUGUUUUAGGUGUUUCCCUUCUGCCACACACCUGGAUUGAAUUUUUUUGUGAUUAACAAGCGUCUGUAGCACUUGAUGGUCAUGUAAUCAUUUGAAUCAGCUGUUCUGGAGUAGAGGCACAUCUAAAACAUGCAGAGCAGGGGGGCCUGAGGACUGGAUUUGAGAAGCACUGUCUUAACCAAAGAACAAAGAGCAAGCAGUGAGCAGCUUUUAAAGACCGAAAACAGAAAUAGCUGAAAACUUCAGCCAGCUCACCACCAGGAGGCAGCAUAACGGGAGGAUAAUGGGGGAGAACUAGAGCCAGGAUACAGCCGGGUUUCCUUCAGAUGAUUGUGAAUGAGCUGACCGAGCAGCCGUCUGCUGCAACCCAGGUUUUAAAUUUGGUUGCUAUGUGAGACGACAUGAUGGGUUGUUUUUGGUGCUUAGCAGAGAAUUGAUUUGCUGUGAUGUCUUUAUUUGGAGACUUUAUUAUUAUUUAAUCUUUCUGCCUAUGCAUGCUAAACAGUCAUGUUGAGUGUCCUGAGCUAGCGCUGGGAUUUACAGCAUGCUCCUGAACGCUGUGCUCUAUCACGGCACAUCUGAGAGGAAAAGGGUUGAGAGGAUUAUUGUCCUUCGUUGUUUAUUAGAAUAAAACUGAAUAGAAAUUUUAAAAAAAUUUGUGGAAACGGCCUGUUAGCUGCUAGUUUAGAGCACAGCUAGCUUCUAGCUUAGAGGAUGGCAGCUGUUAGCAGCUAGCAGUUAGCUCAGAGCACGGAGUCUCUGCGUUCAAGGUUAUUUCAUUAAUUCUUUUCUAUAUGCGGAGCUGAUGUUAUUUUCUAAGUUACCUUCUUGCUCCCUGUUGCUGUCCUGGUUCAGUCUGAUUCUGCAGAACUGACCUGUAGUGUGACCGGCUUGACCCCUGACCCAAAGAGCAUGCUCUGUUACUUUUCCUGGAUGGGUGGGAUCCCUCCUCUGCAUGGAUGUGGUGAAGGCCGGUCCAAACGGGCCUAGCUCCUGUCAGAACCGACCUUUUCUCUCUGCUGUACAGAAAUUGUUUGUACAAACGAUGAUGUGGAAAGGUUCUGGUCCAUUGUUGGUUCUGUUGGUUUGGUUCUAAUGGUCUGAUCCAGUGGCUCCACCAUUGACCAGAACAAAAGGCUUCCAGAACCGAAACCGAACCGAAAUGAUUGACUUCAUUGGAACAUCAGUUCAGUCUGAACAUUCUGGGACCAUUUUUUCAUUUUACUAAUUUAGAAACAAUGAAUUAUUAACAGCUUUUCCAAAAAACACAGCAACUUUUCAAAGCACAGAAAGCAUCGAAGAUUAUUUAUCUGAUGAUUCAGACCAAAGCGCAGCAGAACGGCUUCAGGAGAUUCUAAACACGGUUCUGGCCACAGGUCAAGUCUGAUGCCACGUCUCCAACAUAAACCUGAAGUCUGCUUAACUUUCUGGAUUCAUCAGGACUUGUGGAUAAAUCGCUGAUCAUCAUCUCCGUAAAGAUGAACGUUUGUACUGAAAUUAUUUAUGAAUGAAAAACUAAUUAAAAAGUGGAAGCAUUUAUAUUUGGAAAAGAAAAUGCAGUCAAACAUUGAACCCUGUGAUGCUCCGUAUCAGAAACAUGAGGUGCCGUUUGUAAAGUUCCACAGUCCAAAAUUAACAGCAAUAUUUUGGUUAUUUAGCCUGUUAUCAGAGAAAAACAGAGAUUGACUUUUUAAAGUCAUAUUUUCACCAUUAUUUAUUUAUAUGUUACAGUUUGAAACUAAUAUUUAAUUAGCAAGCUAACUACUUUUAUAAUGAAUAAUGUCAUUAACUGUGUAACUUUACAGAAACAUGUUCUGAUCUUCCACAUCCGUCGCUUCUUCCAGUGUUUUAUUAAGAACGCUGCUGAGCUAUCCACAGGUUUUAUUACAAAAACUACACAGCCCAUGAUGCAGCGGGGCUA